AUGGAUAUUUUUUCAUAUACUAUUUCUUCUUCAUCUUCUUCUAAUUCUUCUUCAACAUAUCCACAACAAGAACAAAAGAAAAAUAAAAAAUUAGCCUCAUAUCAUUCCUCACUUCAUGGAGUUAGAAGGCUCCCAUUAAAACCAAUGACUAAACUACCAAUUGCACCUUUGCCACCAACACCUCCUAAAAUAUAUAGAGUUGAACCUAAUGAUUUCAAGGAUGUUGUCCAAAUGCUCACUUCAUCUCCCGAGUUUCAAUCUGUCUCCAAUGAUUCUAUCUCUCGUUUUGAUUCUGGCUCUGGCAUUGGCUCUAGUUCUUUCAACUCAAGGCGUUUACAAGAUAUUGCUCCUCCACCACUUGAUCUCUCACCGAUUUCUUUAGAAAGAAGUAAUGAUAAUAUUGUUGCACAAUGGAGCGAGUUCCUUCGUCCUUCUUUUUCCUCUAACAUUAACCAAGUAGUAGAAUCAAUCGAAAUAUGCAUUGACUCAACAAAUAAUGGAGCACAAGAAAGAUCACAUGUAACGCCCCGGAUUCCAUCAGAAAAUUAUUUUGGAUCGUGUAGUCCAUUGGCUAAUUUCCCUCUAUCGCCGGCUUCUUUUGCAUGGUGUUCUUUUAUUCUUCUAAGCCCGGGUACUCUUACUUCACCAAGCGCGGUUCUUUAG